GGGGCGGUCGGGUGCCCGCUCCCCGGCCCCGCUCCCGUGACCCGCAGGGCCGCACCGAGGACCCGCUCCGUUACCCGGAGACCCGCCCCGGCCCCUCCUGACCUCGCGCAUCGCCGAGCGUGCACCUGGGGCGAGCGCUUGCGUCGCCGCGGUCCGCAUCAGUUUGGUCAGGGACACUUGGGGUGUGCCAGAGACGGCUGGCGGCUCUAACACUUCACCCAUCGCAGACGGUCGCCCGGGAUGAUGACUCUUGUCCUUCACCUGCAUUGAAGAAACACUGCACUUUAGUCUCCUGUUUGUGCCAUCAGGCCAUCUGAAGACAGGGUUUUGAAAUCUCAGCUAUAGAGAUAUCCAGCCAAAGUCUCAAUCUUGCCUUAACAAUGUUUCAGAGACUGAACAAAAUGUUUGUAGGUGAAGUUGCUACUUCUUCCAACCAAGAGCCAGAAUUUAGUGAGAAAGAAGAUGAUGAAUGGAUUCUUGUUGACUUCAUAGAUACCUGCACUGGUUUCUCAGCAGAGGAAGAGGAAGAUGACGAUGACAUCAGUGAAGAGUCCCCAGCAGAGCACACAUCAGUCUUCUCCUGUUUACCUGCAUCUCUGGAGUGUCUGGCUAACACAAGCGAUUCCUGCUUCCUCCAGUUUGAGUCCUGUCCAAUGGAGGAGAGCUGGUUCAUCACCCCUCCCCCAUGUUUUACAGCAGGUGGAUUAACCACUAUCAAGGUGGAAACCAGUCCUAUGGAAAACCUUCUCAUUGAACAUCCCAGCAUGUCUGUCUAUGCGGUGCACAAUCCCUGUCUCAGUGAGGCCAGCUGUGGGAAUGAAGAAUACAACUCGAACAGUUCCAGAACGGAAGCCCAGAGUGAAAUCCGGGAGCACAUUCGCUGCUGCGUGGCAGCUCUUGCUGCUCAGGCAGCGUUUUUGGAACAGCCCAAGAGUUUCCGCCCUUCCCAGUGGAUAAAAGGACACAGUGAAAGGCAGUCUCUGAACAGAAAUGGCCUUCGUCGCCAGAACCUUACCAGGGAUUACCACACUCGACAAAUGAAGCACAGUGGCUGGGCGGUUCACCAGCCCUGCCCUCGCCAGUAUAAUUACUGAGAACACGGAGCUCUGCUGGCUGCUUUCCUUGGGUUUAUGCCUAUGUAUGUGGAUGUGUGUGCAUAGGAUGACCAACUGAAGACCAGUCGCCUAGUGUAGCAGUGUCUACACACUGUCAUGCCUAGUGUAGCAGUGUGUCCACACAUUGUCACAACCAGAUUGUUGUGCAGUGUAUCACAUAAUGCCUUGCUCCUGACAACUACUUUUAAAAACCUUUUCAGAAUCUUUUUGGAAACAUAUCAAUACAGUUACAGUGUUGAGGUGGUCUUUAAAUACAGUAAGGUAUACAUGAGUUAGUUGGUGUCUUAAGGACAUUUCUUAACCCAAGUAUAAGAAUAGGCAUCUUUUCAAUUUCAUUUAUUUUGUAUUAUUUAAUCUUUUUUGUGUAAGCAAAAAUUUAUUCUCAGGGUCAGCCAUAUACUUUAUUGACCAGUACUUGAUAGUCUUUUCUGUAUAUAAGGAGUACAUUUUUAUACACUAACAUGAGCAUUAACAGGUGAUUUUUGCCAUGGAUGGAAUUAAUGGCUGAACUUUUGAAAGAAAACUUGACGUAUUCUGUAUGUAUGGUUCUUUUUUCCCAGAUUAGUCACUGCAGUUUAUUGUGGAAUUCAGGUACCUUAUCUUUGGUGAACAAUGCAUUCAAUAAUUCUGUGACCCCACAGUAUGGUACAGAUACUACAGCUGUCAUGGACAAAGCGCUUGUCUCCUAUGCAGAGGGGAACAGUGAGGGCUGUGAGGUGGUGUCUGACAUGUGUCUAGGUAACCCUCAGAGCAGUCAGUACUUGGGGGUGUCUAGAGUCUUAACUGCCAGCUCAGCUGGAGAAUGCAGCAGGCAUUUGGUGAUUUCAUGCUCAUGUGUGCCCUUGAGAAAGGAAGAGAGACAGUGGCACUCCUCAGACAUGGACCCUGUCCUCCCAACAGGACAGCAUUGGGGACAGGGUACUUGUAGAGGUAUCUGUUUAUGUCAUCCAAGUGAAGACUGAUGGGUUGGUUUCCUUGAGCUUUCAUUUUUUUAACUUCACAAAAUCUUUAACCACUUUGGCCUCUGUCUCCUCCAUAGCAGGGGAGCAGUAUUUAUUACUUAGCUCCCAGAGUUGUGAGGAUCACACACGAAUAGGAAGUGGAGCUGUCAGAACUGAGCUUUCCUGCUGAACCUAGUGGUGGGAGGCUGUGGCAUUUCUCUGCCAUGAUUUCCCUCAGGGUUGGUGCUAACGGUGCAGGGUUGCACUCACAUAGGCCACUUAACUUGAUGCAAAGGAAAGUCCAUUUUCUUACCUCUGACUGGUCACUUCUUUGUAAGAGCAGUUUUGAUGGCUCUUCGUGAGCCAUCCACACUUGCAACCAACUUUCUGGAAAAUUAAACCCAUGUACAGCUUAAAGCACGCUCUACUGAGAAUACUAUCAUUAUCUAUACAAUCAAACAGCUCACUUCCCUAUCUCCUCUGCAACCCUCAUUAAACACUUGUUCAUGAACUAAUUUCAAGGAAAAGGCAGCAUACUGUUACAUGAAGUAUUGUCCCUGGAGCAGCCUGACACAGGGAAGCUUGGGAGACUUUCAGGGAAGCUGAGUUCUUUCUUUGACGAGGCUGGGGUUUAGAGCUGCACUUAGACAGUGAAGGGUGUUUUUGCACUGUGAUAAGUGCCAGGAUCUCUCUCUUAGAACAGGAAUUGAGAUUCCUUGUCCUUCCCUAAACCCUUUCCAUACUGACUUCCCCUUUUAUUUAUUUGUUUUCUAAUUAGGGGCCAAGUCUGUAAAGUUUGUCAAACUGAGAAGUUAUUUGUUACUAUUUGUGUUUUCAUGAAGGUGUGCAUGUUUUACACCAUGUCUGUUAUAGGAUCAUAUGCUAUAACUUGAAAAUAGAGCAGCUGUGUCUUCUGGACACAAGCUUCUAAAUACAUGUAAGCCUUUCCUACCCCCUUACAUCACAAGCAAGUUGUGUCUCACAAGCUGGAAGUUCAGCCAUGAUAAUUUGUUUGGCCAGCAUCAACUGAUUUGUGUAUUAUUAAACUACAAGUGUUGUUGUUGGUUUUUUUUUUUUAAACAAUUUUCCCCCAUAUUUGUUCAUCCUUUUAAGUACAUUUACAUCUCUUUCAGUUACUGACUUCAUUUGCCUUGUCUGUGCCGAGUGUUUCUGCCUUGUCCCUGAAAACCUGAAAACAAAUCAAUUACUGGGAUUUUUUUUUUCCCCUUUAGGGUUAAGAUUACUACACCACCUACAGCACGUAGCACACUGUGGUUCCUGUGUGAAAAUUUAAAGUUUAUGUCUAAAAUUAGCAUAUGUAAGAAUGGAAGAAUAAUUAAGUUCUUGGUCAUUAGGUGUUUUGUUAGGCAACUACUAAGACACAAGUCCAGUAACACAGACCAAUGUGAACCUGUAAAAUGCUUUUGAAACAUGUCAAGGAUGUAUUUUAUGAGUUGAUUACUCACUGAUUACCAUCAUCAUAAUUUUGCUGUUGUAACAUCUAGUGCUUUACAACGUACUUCAGUAAGUACAAGUACAAACAGUAAGAAGAAAGAACCCAAGGGUUGGGGAUGUAGCUUAGUGGUAGAAUACUUGCCUAGUAUCUGCAAGGUUCUGAGUUCACCCCCCAGCACUGUAAAACAAGACAAAGAAAGUAAAACUUCUGAAUUAGGAGCUCUGACCACUUCUAAACUGAUAGCCUAGAAUGGCACCUGGAAAGUCUAGAAUACAUGCUGUACAAUGUCACAUAUCUGUGUUUUUAGCUUUUACAGUAGACUCCACAUUCCAUGAAGUUUGUGAUUUGUGUUAAACAUGUUAGAGUAUUCUGUUAAUUACUAUUUCCUGAGUUAUAUUCUGCACUGUAGGUAUACACUUAGCUUGCCAUACUUGUGGCUAUUUGUAUUUGUGUGUUUGGGUAGAUGCAGUGAUGGUAAGAGAUUGGAUUUAUACUUGCCACUGCAGGAAGUUAAAAAAAAGAAAUCCAAAACCCAUUAAUUUUCAGUAUAUUUUUACAAUUCCCAUGCAGAUUGUUUCUGUUUAUCAGUUCUUUGGUUCUAUCAAGAAGAGUGUUUACCUAAAACUUGCCAGGGCUCAUAAGCCUACCUGUUGUUUUUGCUUCUCAAAUCUACACACUGUUUCUGGUCUCCACUUGUUUAGAAAUCUGAUUGCUUUGCUAUUUUGCUCCAUCCUCACAGCAGCAUACUGUCUUUGUAUACACUUGUAUGAAGGACUACAACUAGAAGACAUUUAAAUGCAUUUAAGUAGUUUAGUGGUGAAAGUUUCUACCAUUUUCUUCAUAUUUUAGAGAGUUGAGAGACUGCUCCUUGUACUAGGAGAUGCUACUAUAUGUCUUUUGUUCCCUUGAAGUUAUCUUUUUAUUUUAUAAGGCCUAUAGAUACUAUUAGUAUAAAAUUCUUUAAAGUUAGGUAGUUCCAUGCCAUCAGCCCCUGAUGUGUUAUAAAUGGCAAUCCUACCUACUUAUACUGAAAUUUUACCUGAGUGCUUGUCUAUUUAACAAAUCAACCCAUAUGACAGUGUUGUCCACUUUAUCAUAGGCCGGUUUCUCUUGAAACGUGACACCUAUUCAAGCAGCUUAGGUGCAGACACACCAGGAAGAGUCUCCUCUUACUGGCAACAGUAUCCUUCAUGUGGAAAAGAAGUUACUAUUCAGAGGAAGGCAACUUAGUGGAUGAUGCUCUGUGUCACUGAUAAGUUUCCUUAUGACAUUCAGAAAUGCCUCCAACUGUUAGUGGACAAUCUGGCUCUGUACUUCACUGUUUAGAAUUGUUUUCUAGGUGGACUUGUAAAAACCAAACAGUGCUUGGGAGUUUAGAUGUAUGUAUUUGGGGGCCUCAGGUGUGUGUGUGUGGUUUUGUUUCCUUUUUGGUUUUGUUUUCCUUUAGAAGUUUUGAACUUUAGUCAAUAAUUUUGUGUGUUAUUUUUAAGUGGCUUUAUUUCUUUGCUCUAGUAAAAUUGUGAACACACUUGCCUUCUGAAGGCAGGGUAUGAGUUAUGGAUACAGAAAAGUAUUGUAGGUUGUACUGUGUGCCUUUGUAAUGUGUUUAUGGGCACAAUUUUUUCUCAUCAACUUGAAAACUUAAAAGGGACAUUUUGGUUGGGUAUAUAUACUGUACAUCAAUCUAUGCAUAAAUGGCAGCUUGUCUUCUUGAGCCACUAUCUAAUUUUUUUUAUAAAUUUUUUAUACUGAUUGGGUCACAGAUGGUCAGUUUUAUACAGAAUGAACAGCACAGCACUUUGCCAAAAACAUGUGUAGCAUUGCUUAAACAUUGUGUAUUAACACCAGAUCUUUGUAAUGGGUUCAGUAGUGCAUUUUGCACUGCCCAAAGUUACAGUUUUUUAAAAUCUGUCAGUAAAUAAAAUGUCCUUUAACUUAA